AUGGCUGAUCUGGAGCUGUUCUACUUUGAGCAUCAGCCCGAACCGAAGGACGCCUCGCUGCUUUUGAACAGUGCCAGCGGGGGGAAGUGGCUCCAUCCCGACGGAGGAGACGCUCCGGAGCCCCGGAGAGCUGCGCGCCCGGAGGAGGAGACGUCCUUCACCCGCAAACAUGAGGAGCAAGGGGAGGAGGAGGAGGAGGAGGUCCAGCUGACUCAGAGCUCCUCCAGUGAACUGUACGAGGAGGAGGAGGAAGAGGAGGAGGUGAUGGAGGAGGAAGAGGAGGAGGAGGAGGAGGAGGACAUCCAGGAACUUUACUUGCUCUCCGACGACGACCUCUCCUCCGACGGCUCCGGGAAGUCGGUGGAUUACGGCUUCAUCAUCGCGGUGACCUGCCUGGUGACCGGCAUCUCCCUGGUGGCCAUCUCCUACACGGUGCCCCGGGACGUGCGGGUGGACCCGGACAGCGUGUCGGCCCGCGAGAUGGAGCGUCUGGAGCGGGAGAAAGCCCGGGUGGGCGCCCACCUGGACCGCUGCGUGAUCGCCGGGCUGUGUCUGCUCACCCUCGGCGGCGUGCUGCUGUCCACGCUGCUCAUGGUGUCCAUGUGGAAGGGCGAGAUGAUGCGCAGGAGAGCCUUCGCCUACUCCAAGCACGCCGCCAAGCUGUACGGCUCCGUCAGCCUGAGAGGAGGCUCCAGCCCGACGCGUCUGUCAGCGGCUGACGAGGAUUUAGAGGCGCUCAGCUGA